AUGGAAGCAGACAACGAUUCUAAUAGGAGAAAUCAUUCUGGUAAAGGAUUAGGGGGUAAUAAACGUCAUAGGAAGCGAUGCACAUGCUGGUUACCAAGUAAACCAUCAAUUAGACGUCUAGCCCGAAGAGGGGGUGUGAAAAGAAUAUCUGGCUUGGUUUACGCGGAAAUAAGAGGUGUUUUGCGUGUAUAUUUACAACAUGUUCUACAUGACGCCAUCGUUUACACGGACCAUGCGAAGAGGAAAACUGUUACAGCUAGUGACGUCAUCCAUGCUGUAAGACAUCAGGGAUGUACUUUGUAUGGAUUUGAUUGUAAAUAA